CAAACGAAAAUCACUCAUGUAGCAUGUAGGCGUGAAGUUUGCACAGAUACGAUGUACGGAUAUCGUGUGAUUAACUAAACGGAUGAAGAUCGCCAAGAUUUAAAAAUAAGACCACUCAAUUAUGUCACGAACUCUUAUAUUUGCGAAGAUAAUUCAUAAAAAAUGGAAAUUAUAUUUCCGAGUAAUUUUUAUCAGUUAUCUGCGCAAAUUUACUCAUAUUCAAACACAUUGCUUACAUUUGCAAUUGCAGACGGACCUAUCACCGUACCGGAUACAAGUAAGGAGGCGAAAAAAAUCUGCUCAAUCGUCAGUUCAUCACUGCAUCAACUAAACUGAAUACAUACCCUUGAAUGGAUCAUACAAUGUCUUCGGUUUCUACCGUCACUAAAAGGUGGCCAACAUAUGUGAACACCUAGAACCGUCUCAUGAUUAGUGACGAUUUUAGCGGGCAGUAGUUCAGGUGGAAUUUGUUAGAAAUUUGUUACCAGUUUUAAAGUUUGUGUCACCGAAAUAUGCAAAGCUAAAAUUUUGUGACUAUUUUAUUUUGUACAGAAGAAUGGCGGUACUUGGGCCCAAUUGCAAUUCCCUUUACCAGAGGCCCGUGGAAGUAAAAAUGCGGUUAUUUUAAGCCCACACCAUGACACCAACGGCGAUCACUCGGUUCUUCAAUCUUCAUAGCUGCCGCCAAUCACCUUUUCAGAUAUGAAAUGUUAGGCAGGGAUGGAAGCUUUCUGGUGCGAGGAAUCAACGAUGGGUUUGCAAAUCGGAGGAGAAAUAGAGAAGGUGGACGGCAACCAACUGAGCUACAACGAGUUCGCGGAGAAAUAUUUGGCCAAGAACUUUCCGGUGGUGUUGACUGGUCUCAUGGACGAUUGGAUAGCUUGCAAAAACUGGGUCACCGAAGAUGGCCGUCCCAACCUCAAAUUCUUCUCCACCCACUUCGCCGAAUCAACAGUUCAGGUUGCGGAUUGCGGCACUAGAGAAUUUACCGAUCAGAAGAGAAUUGAAAUGACUGUCGCGCAGUUCAUUGACCAAUGGGUUAACCAGAAUGGUGCUGGUGGGUCGAGCACCGUGGGUUCAGGCCAGUCUGUGCUGUACUUGAAGGACUGGCAUUUCGUUAAGGAGUACCCAGAUUACGUACCAUACAAAACGCUGCUGUUCUUUUGUGACGAUUGGCUCAACCUGUAUCUCGACCACUAUCGUAUGCAUAACGAUCCUGAUACGUAUCGAGAGAGCAAUGAAAUAAGUUGCUCCGACUAUCGUUUCGUAUACAUGGGAGCCAAAGGAUCUUGGACUCCUUUCCAUGCCGAUGUUUUCAGGUCAUAUAGUUGGUCAGCAAAUGUUUGUGGAAGGAAGAAAUGGUUUUUCCUCUCCCCAUCUCAAAGUCAUCUUGCAUUUGACAGGAACUUGAAGAACACUGUAUAUAACAUAUUGGAUGAAGUUGAUGAAGAAAAAUAUCCUGAAUUUAAGAAGGGUGUUUGGUUGGCAUGUACACAAGAACAAGAUGAGAUCAUCUUUGUGCCUAGUGGAUGGUAUCAUCAAGUUCACAACCUGGAAGAUACAAUAUCAAUAAACCAUAAUUGGUUCAACGGACAUAAUCUUUCUUGGGUGUUUGAUCUUCUUUUAAGAGACUACAAAGAGGCACAAGAGUACAUAGAAGACAUUCGGGAUAUCUCUGAUGACUUCGAAGGUCUCUGCCAGCGCAACCUUGCUGCUAACACAGGCAUGAAUUUUGUUGACUUCUCUAUUUUCCUGUUGCGGCUGUUCUUGGCCAACCUGACUCAAGUGUUCCAUCGAUACACAGACUCUAAAACAUCAUCCGUCUCAAGUUCAUCCCAACUGACUCAACAUUUCACCUUCAAUCUGUCCGCCAUUCGGAGGAUUGUGGUGAAAGUGGAGGAAUCCAUGGAUGGUCUUGCAGGAUAUCCAGGAUUUUCAAUUAAUUUGAAGGACACCUUGGAAGAUCCAGAAUUUCUCAAGCUGUGCAUCGACGUGGGCAAGACAUAUGGGAUGAUACAUGAUCAACCAAGUCGUAGUUCUUACGAACACGAAGCUUUCAUUGAUGAAAUUCUGGACUACGGUUCUCAUAUAGUUAGUACCAAAGUUUUUGUCAAAUUCAUAGACUUUUUCUGCCACAAGUUUGGGUUGAUAGUUCAGAAGGCUGAGUUUUAACUCAAAACUUCAUUCUGUCAGAAAGUUGGUCUUUUUGUUAAUGAAACCAAACGGCAGGAACCUUCUGCCAAUCAAACAGGGGGGCGGGAUUCAAAAAGCUGAAAAUAAGCUUUUAAGCUGAGUUUAAUGUACACCAUUAAUUUUGAAAUAUUUCUGUAAAUGGUUAAUAAAAAAAUUUUACUUUAUAACAUAAAAUAUGUGCUUGGAUCUUAUACCACUCUCUAACACGCCCCCUCAAACAAACAUCACUCUCUAACAUGCCCCCUCAAACGAAAGCCAACUCAUGGGCUUGAAGUUUGCACAUGCCCACCAUACCAUGUGCUUGAAAGACAACGAUUAAUAUUGGGGGUCGUGGAGAUUCAAACACAUGACCUUUCGGUUCUAUACUCUGAUAUGUCAAAAACCAGUUGAUCCCAAUAACUCGAGUUGGAGGCGGCUCCACCUUUAUCCAUGCCAAACCCAUAGCUAUGGAGGGAGAAUUUUCCUUCCCUGCUGGGGCUGAUUGGAGGCGGCCCUGCAACUUCCCUAAAUUGUCCAGUUGCUGGAUUCCAUAAGGUAAGUGCAGAGGAUCAUAGCUAUCCUGAGGAUUCACCAACAAGAAUAUGCCAUUGCAGGGUCCGGAGAUUACCUGCAUUUGGACUUUCCAUAUACCGGACUUUCUUCACAUCGCCAUUACUAGGAGACACCUGGAUGACCUUUUUGUUACCCAGACCCUGUUGAUCCUCGUAGACUAUCAGGGUUCUUGAAGGCGUCGCGAGCCGAGGAGCUUUUGUUGGUGUAGUUGGUUAAAGUGCAUGGAAGCCAGUAUGGGGCUUUUGAUGAUGGCGUUCCAAUUUCUGCAAACGGACUUCAAUUGGAAUAGGGUUUUCACUGGUAGCCAUGAGAAAAUCUCCAUGAGAAUAUCUUCCUGCAGCAACCAAGGUCCCAGUCUGUAUGAUUCUGUUCCUUCAUUGUCUGAUCUGUAACUUUGUAACAGAGAAAACUAUCUAUAACUAGCAAUUGCGGUUGCCGGAGCUUGGACUCCUUUUCGUGCCGAUGUUGUCAGAUCAUACAAGGAAGGAAGCAAUGGUUUUUUUCCUCUCCCCAAGUCUACCAAAGUUCAUCUUGCAUUUGACAGGCAUGUGAAUCACUUUUGUUUUGUCAAUUGAUGCCACAUUUUAUGAAGCUCACUCCCUGUGGAUGGCAGCAAUUAAUACUUGCUAUAAGUAGUUAGGGCAAUUGCUUGUUGUCUUGGCUAUUUUACCAUGGUUACUCUAUGCAUUUGAGAUUUGACCCAGGAACUUGAAGAACAGUUUUCAUAACAUAUUGGAUCCUACUUUGAAGGUCUCUGCCAGCACAACCUUGCAGCUCACACAGGUAAACCCAACUCUUGGAUCCUACACUGACUGAGUUUUUGAAGAAGAAUCUAUGAAGUCAUCUACUUUUUCCUCCCAAGUCAAUUUAGUCGUCCAGAAUAUUUGAAGUAGGUCUAUUUACUCCUGGCUCUAUGUUUCAUUCAGCCUUCUGGAGUCCAUGCCAUCAUGUUCUUGUCCUUUAUGUUAGUUCAUAAUUUCGGAUCUUCUCCAUAUGUACAGAGGGUCAAUUUCAUAAUUGGAGUUUCUCAAGCUGUGCUUAGAUGUGGGUAAGACAUACGUGACGAUACACGAUCAACGAACUCCUGGUUCUGAUGAACACAAAGCUUACAUUAAUGAAAUUCUGGACUAUGG